AUGGCCAUCGUCGACAGCUUGCUUGGACUGCUCCCGAAAGCAGAGGGAUGGCUGCCCACAUGGCAACUCAUUGUCGCUGUGAUGGCCCUGUUCAACACCGCACAGAACUUUGCCACCAUUAAGCUGACACGUAGAAUAUACAACACAGCCUCGCAACCAGUGACCCCUCUCCAGGCAAGGACAUUUGCUAUUUGGACACUUACCUCGGCCGCCAUACGUUUCUACGCAGCGUACUAUAUCAAUGUGAAGCCGGUAUAUGAUCUCGCUCUGUUCAGCUACCUCUUCGCAUUCGGCCAUUUUGGUUCGGAGAUUUGUUUCUUCGGUACCGCAAAAUUGACUGGUCCAGUCCUGAGCACGGUGAUCGUGUCAACCUUCUCUUUGGCGUGGAUGUUGAACCAAUACGAUUUCUACGUUCGCGCCUAA